ACUUGACUUCUCACUGACUGAAAGCAGCAUUUCUAACACAUCCAAACUUGGGCAGCAGAAGUGGAAAGUUGAAAAGUUUGAGACACUAAAGUUUGUGGAGAAAUGAAGCUCAAGGUCUAUGGCGAUCGACUGUCCCAACCAACCCGUGCUGUUAUCAUCUUCUGCAAGGUUAAUGGAAUCGAUUUUGAGGAGAUUAAAAUCGACCUAUUAAAACGUCAACAUCUAUCACCUGAAUUUAGAGAAAUCAAUCCCAUGAAACAAGUUCCAGCAAUUGUUGAUGGAAAAUUUAAGUUGUUUGAAAGUCAUGCAAUUCUGCUCUACAUUGCUUGUGCAUUCCCGGGAGUUGCACAUCAUUGGUACCCAGCUGAUCUUUUCACAAGAGCGAGGAUUAACUCAGUCUUGGAUUGGCAUCAUUCGACUUUACGCCGUGGCACAGUUACCCUUAUUCGCAAUUCUGUUCUAGCAUCUGCAUUUGGUCUUCCAUUGAACCCACAGGCAGCUGCCGAAGGUGAGAAAAUUUUGACCUCGUCCCUGUCAAAAAUUGAAUCGGUUUGGCUUGGAGAGAAUGGGAAGUUCCUACUGGGAAGCUCUCAACCAUCUAUUGCAGAUCUGAGCCUUGUUUGUGAAAUCAUGCAAUUGGAGCUAUUGGAAGAGAAGGAUGUCAACCGAUUAUUGGGCCCCCACAAGAAAAUUCUGCAAUGGAUUGAGGAUACAAGAAAUGCAACGAGACCUCAUUUUGACGAACUGCACAAAUUCAUAUUCAAAGCUAAAUCAAGGUUUCACAGGCAAUCAAGUGGACAAAGCUAUGGGACUGAAUCAAGCAUAAAGGCGAUGUUACCAUCAAAGAUGUGAGUAAUAAGUUUAUCUUUGAGGUCUGCUCGUAGACUU